UAAGGUAAACAUCUGUUGCACCCGAGAUAUGAUUAGGAAUUUAAUCAUUAAUCCUAAAAAGUAUUGAUACGUCAAAAUUGAACUUAGUGACGCUUAAGACAAUAUAUUGGUAAAGCUUAAAUAUUUUUCCGCACCUUACACAUGUUUUGUGUUGAAAACAGCAUUAUUUAAGUAUUGGAAUCAAUAGGCGUCAGGCGUAUAGGCUAGAAACAUAUCUUGGGUUCUGUGGCUAGGUUAGGUUAGGUUAGGUUAGGUUAGGUUAGAUGACAGGAACUAAAAUUUUACCCGGAAAACAGCGUCCUUCCUUGGAGAAACUGCAGAUCAAGAGCAACAAUUAAAUUUGUUUUGUUUUUGCAUUACAUAAAUUUUCUUUGUAUAAAUAAUGCUAUUUCUGUAGCUUAUUUGUUAAUUCCAUACAAAUGCUAACAGUUAUAUAUAAUAAUUUAUGAAAGGGUAAUCCUGGAGCACUUGGUAAACACCAGAAGGCGUUGUUCGAUUUUGUUAAAUUUUCCACAUAUUUUUUGGAUGAUAUUAAUAAAAACGAUACAACAAUGCACAUAACCUAAUUUAACCUGACCUAAUCAACUAAAGAAACCUACCUAACUUCCUAGCCAGGGGCAGAACCCCCCAAAAUAUUAAACAGAAAGUACUACUUACUGUACAUUGAUAUUUGGUACCAAUAAAAGCAACUUUCUUGAAGCAGCAUGGUGUAAUUUUACUCUCUUUUUUUUUGUGGACAUGAGAGUACUCUCAGACCGAGCGGUUCGGUUGAUGCACGGAUGUAAAGAAAGAACAGACGACAGCAUGUGCUGACACGACAGGAAUAUUUAUGACAUGUCGGAUAAUGAAGUAGAAAAGUUUGAAAUCACCGAUUAUGACUUGGAGAACGAAUUCAGUACCACACGGCCAGGUCGGAGGCAGACCAAGGAGCAGCAGAUUUAUGGCGUGUGGGCGCAGGAGAGCGGUGAUGAAGAGGAGGGAGAGGCUGAACCCCUGAGUGUUCCGCCAUCUAGGGCUCGUGUCCUGCGUGGGGGCCUCAACUUUGUCUCAGGAGGGAUACAACAGUCCGGCAAGAAGGAUGACAAGGACAAGAAGGAAGGCUCAGAUGAGGAGUCCGAGUCAGAACUUGCACCAAGACCAAUGUUUGGCGCUGGUGCGGACUCAAGUGAUGAGGAAAUCCCAGCAAAACCACAACAGCCAUCAUCAUUUGGAAGCAAGAAAUCCUCGAAUUACCCAUCAUUUGCCUCUUCAUCUUCCAAGCCAAAAGAUAUUGCUGGAAUGCGUCGCGGAGGAGCACCAGGUGGAGGUAAACCAGGUCUCUUGGGUAGUGGCCUCGGAGACUGGGAAAAGUACACCUCCGGCAUUGGCAGUAAACUCUUAAAGAAGAUGGGUUUUGAAGAAGGCAAAGGUCUCGGUAAAAAUUUACAAGGUAUAUCAACACCUGUUGAAGCAAGCAAAAGAAAGGGAAAGGGGGCUAUUGGUUUCUAUGGAUCAGAGAGGAAUGAAAGAUCAUUGAAGGACUUUCCAGUCAAUGAUUCAGAUGAAGAGGAAAAAGAGAAGUUUAAGGAUCUGCUUCAGCAGUGGAAGAAGACUGGGAGUAAGAAGAAAAUUAAAUAUGUAUAUAAGAGUGCAGAAGAAGUCAUUCAAGAAGGCAAGACAAAAAAAUUAAAACCAACAGAUGAUAGUCACAUUACUAAAACCAAAGUCAUUGACAUGACUGGGCCAGAGACACGUGUUCUGAGUAGUUACCAUGCCAUUGCUGGGCAGAAAAAUUUUGUCGAUGAAUAUGAAGAGGAUAAAAAGAAGAAAUAUGAGCAUUUUGAUUUACCAGAACUUUUACACAAUCUCCAGAUACUCUUAGAAAAAUGUGAAGAUGACAUUGUUCGUAAUGCCAGGACUUUAGAACGAGAAAAUGACAGAAUAGUUCAUCUUAAUCACGAGAGGGAAAAGUAUGAAGCUUUAGUGGAAAGGGAAAAGAAGGAAUUGGAUAGUCUCGACCAAGCUUUUAUCCUUGUUGAAGGACUUGAAACUAGACAUAAAGAACAAACAUUGAGUCUCAGUGAAGCUACAGCAAUAUUUACUGAGCUAAAAUCAGACUAUCCUAAAAUAUAUAACACUUAUGAAAUCCCAUAUUUAGCACCCACAUACAUUACUCCUCUCUUGAAGGAGUUGCUCAGGACUUGGAAUCCUCUUGCACAACCAACCGCUCACAAAGAAGUAUUUGCUGCUUGGCAACAGUUGGUAGAUUUAGGAGGAAAUCAACAUCAGCAACCAGAUACAACAGUGCCUUUAGAUCCUUACCAUCACCUGGUAUGGGAGACAUGGACUGCUGCAGUAAGAUCCACUGUCAUGGGUCCUUGGGAACCACGAGACUGUGGUCCAUUGCUUGCUGUACUGGAGGCAUGGAACUAUCCAUUGGUUCCUGUAUGGAUUCAAGGCCAUCUACUGCAGCAUGUUAUUUUGCCUCGUAUCACUCGUGCUGUUCAUAACUGGAAUCCACUUCAGGAUACUGUACCCAUUCACACUUGGCUUCAUCCAUGGCUUCCUCUGUUAGUAGAUCAUCUUCAGUCAGUAUAUCCUGUCAUACGUCAAAAGCUUUCAGCAGCUCUUGUUCACUGGCAUCCAAAUGACCGCUCUGCCAAGAUGGUUUUACAGCCCUGGAAGAGAGUUUUUAGUGAAAUAUCAAUGACCACUCUAAUUCAGUCGAACAUUCAGCCAAAAUUAGAGUCUGCACUCCUUGAAAUGGCCAUUAACCCACACAGUCAGAAUCUAGAUCCAUGGCAUUGGUUCCUGGAUUGGGAUGAACUGCUUCCACCACAGAUAUCUUUAGACAUAAUGGAACAUUGUUUCUUUCCACGUUGGUACCAGGCAUUGGGUACUUGGCUGUCAGCAAAUCCACCUCACCCUGAUGUUAUAGCUUGGUACAAAGGAUGGCGAGAAAUCAUUCCAAAGAGUGUUGCAAAUCAUCUUCAAAUACGUCAGAAGUUUCAACAGGCUCUAGAAGUGUGUAGUCGAGCUCUGAGCUACCAGCCUGGUGCCUCUGAUCAAUUUAAUCUGUUGUUAGCUGGUUUAGAUAAGUUGAGUGAACCUCCACCACCACCACCUCCAGGUUCUCCUCCCAGACAGCGCUCCAAAGAUUGGGCAGAUAUCAUUAGCAGUGCUCGAAGAGAAACCCUCAGCAUGCGUGAGGUUGUUGAGCGUAGAUGCUUGGAACGUGGCAUUGUAUUUGUUCCAAUACCAGAUCGUAAACAUGAGGGAAGACCAGUGUAUAGAUGUGGUAAACUGAGUAUUUCCUUCAAUAAAAAUAUUAUAUAUGUACAGACAGAAAGAGGGUGGAUGCCAAAGAGCCUGACAACCUUACUUGACGAUGCAUAGUAUUUACUUGUGAGUGAUGGUGAUAAUGACUAGAUAAAAGGAAAACAAGCAUGAGUUUGACUAGGUUAGGGAAAGAAAAUCACUAAAGAGAGGUGAGCUGGACUAAGACUACAGUAUGUCUACCAAUGCAUGAGUAGACUAACUUACCCUCAGUAGGUAAUAAAUCAUCUCGUGUACAGUACUUAAAAACAGAGUAGUCCAGGACAAAUGUUUUUAUAUUCAGCCCAUUAAGUGUGAGAGAAUGAGUGACAACGUGACAUAAAUUGGAGAAAAAAUAAUAAUAAACUAGGUGAAUUUGCCCAAGCAGUAUUUAAACAGGGUGAUGUAGAAAUAAUGCCACUGAAGGUGUAGUUUUGGUUUGAGAAAAUAAGCAUCGAAGGUGUAAAUUUUUCUUAUUUCACCCACAAUGGCAAUGCAUUUGGUAACAUGGGGACAACCUUCUAUAGAUUUUAAUGCAUUGUUUUGAAUUACUGUAUAUUUUUCGAUUUUAUACAAUUAAAUUUAAUGUAAACUAUUACAUACAGAUAAGAUUCAGAUAGACUGCCAUUAUAACACACUGGUAAACAAUGUUGUACAAAGCAACUUAAUAAAAGUGAAAAUCUCA